AAUACAAAUACCAUUAUUGGAAAUAUUUUGAAUCACCUCUACCUUCCCAAAAUAUGGUACCUAGUGAACAGUGUAGCUCCCGCUUUGGUCAAAGCAAGGACAGUGGUUGCUGUAUCACCAAAUAGCUUCAAAGAUCAAUUUCAAGAGUUUCUAAGCGAGUUGUGA